UUUUUUUUUUUUUUUUGCAUAGGGCAAAGAUUCACAUAUUUUGCGUGGUGGGCGUGCAAAUAAAUGCAUAAUGCAUUUUUUUUCUGUACAUUAUACUCAGAAUCUUAAAAACUCAGCUGAAAGUGUUUAUCAAUAAAUUUCCUAAGCAGUGUUGAAAUGUUUACACUGCCCUGCUCCAAAAUGAGUCAGCUAAAUUCCACUUACUAUUUAAAGAGAUAGUGUUAACUAAAUUAGUACUGUUGUCUGAAGUAAGUUGCAAAUAUUGGUCAAGUUCCAUGCAAGCUUCAUUGGCUUGAAAUAUUUUCAAGCUUGAAAUAUGUCUUUUUGCUAACAGAAGGAAAGAUUACUAUCAUUUAAAUGGUUGGGGGAAUAAUUGUCAGGAUUCAGGCCACAUCAAAUUUGGUUAGUCCUCUUCCUUUGUAUAAGUUUGGUUAAAAGUGUUAAUACUUGUUCACACUUCAUGAUAACUCCCUGAAGAGUGUAUCCUAGUUUGUGCUGGUUGGAAAAAACAACAUGAAAUUUUAGGAAGUAACAAGCUCUAACUGAAAGUACUUUGCUAUAUGUACCUGAAAUGUUCAUAACUUGUAAGUCACCUCUAUUAUCAACAUUUAGGUAGUUAAAUGACAAUGACCAGAAUUAUUAGACACAGUCUCCCUUUGAUAAAAUGCCCAAAUAUGCUUUCUGUACAUUAAUACAUAAUUUAAGGUGACAUGGAAACCUUGCAGGUUUUUAAUUUUUUUUCUUAAAUAUUUAUGUUCUGUUAACUCAGCAAAUUUUACUAAAUUUAGCAAAACAUUACUGUAUUUGUAUUUUAAGAAGGCUUCUGGAAUAGCAAGGUUGCAUUAAGUUGUUUCUGGUAACCUAGCAUUAAAUAUUAACCAUUAUUAAAGAUUGUGUAUAUUGCUUUACUUUGCUAUCUUGAAAUUGAGCUUGAAAGGGUUCAUUAUUUUCUGGCAUGAGGAAGACAAACGCUUGUUACAAGUUUUAAUAGAGCUGUUGGUUGAGAAAUCUGUGGCUGAUAAUUUGUGCUUUGCAGGUUUCUAGGCACUGGCUUUAAAGUAUACUUAGACCCAGAUUUCACAUGUCAAAUGUAGAACAAAAGAAAUUUCCUAGGCAGCUGACCCCUGAAUUCUUAAAGAGCUUCACUUUUUGGUGCCAGGGUAAUAGGAAGAGCUAGAUGAUCUACCAGCUCUCUUUUCAGUGUCCUAUAAAGGAGUUGAAGCAUUUUAAAAGUACCUAUGCUCUGCCCUACAGCAGAAUUGAAUUAAUUAAAGGACCCAAUAUGUUCAGGUGGUGUAGGAAACCUUUAGAGCUGCAUCGCAUACACUACUAGCUUAAAGAACCACUAGUAGAUAUGAAGAGUCAGUAGUUAAUUAUGAUGAUUUGAAAUGAUUUGCCUAUAGUGUAGAACAAAAAGUGAUUUAAAGAUACCAGUUAGAAAAAUUGAUUUAAACAUAAUUCUGUGUUUAAAGAAUUAAACAAUGGAAGGGUGACCUUUUCAGGAAUUAAACAGUGACAGGUGAAAUUUUAAUGUUUAAUGAUAGAAUUUUUUUGUCCUAAAAAUGUCAAGUCAUGAUAGAUCAGUUUAUCAAGCUAAAACAGUUCCUUUCAUGUAUUUUGUUUUAUAAAGGCAACAAAACAUUCAUAAUUUAGCCUAUUUUAAAGAUUAAUAACACAAUUUAGGCCUUUGUUAGAAACAAAUGCAGUGUUUAGAGAUGACAAAGAUAAGUGAUGACUAUCGUACUAAUUUAGUGAUUGUGUGGUUUUGUUUUUUGUUUUCUUUUUUUUCUUUUACUAAAUUCUGGUUUCUAAAAUUUUUAUUUUGUUCUGUUUAUAGCAGAAAAAUGGCUCAGGAGACUAACCAGACCCCAGGGCCCAUGCUGUGUAGUACAGGAUGUGGCUUUUAUGGGAAUCCUAGGACAAAUGGAAUGUGUUCUGUUUGCUACAAAGAACAUCUUCAGAGGCAGCAGAAUAGUGGCAGAAUGAGCCCAAUGGGGACAGCUAGUGGUUCCAACAGUCCUACCUCAGAUUCUGCAUCUGUACAAAGAGCAGAUGCUAGUUUAAACAACUGUGAAGGUGCUGCUGGCAGCACAUCUGAAAAAUCAAGAAAUGUGCCUGUGGCUGCCUUGCCUGUAACUCAGCAAAUGACAGAAAUGAGCAUUUCAAGAGAGGACAAAGUAACUCCCCCGAAAACAGAGGUGUCAGAGCCAGUUGUCACUCAGCCCAGUCCUUCAGUUUCUCAGCCCAGUACUUCUCAAAGUGAAGAAAAAGCUCCUGAGUUGCCCAAACCAAAGAAGAACAGGUGUUUCAUGUGCAGAAAGAAAGUUGGCCUCACAGGGUUUGACUGCCGAUGUGGAAAUUUAUUUUGUGGACUUCACCGUUACUCUGACAAGCACAACUGUCCAUAUGAUUACAAAGCAGAAGCUGCAGCAAAAAUCAGAAAAGAGAAUCCAGUUGUUGUGGCUGAAAAAAUUCAGAGAAUAUAAAUUACUACUUGUGAAGAGACUGAUAAUUUGUUUUUAUUUUAAUAUACCGUAGGAAAACAUUAAAGAGCAGAUGCAUGGCCAUUUUCCUUUGAUGUUCUCCAGAGUUUUACUUUACACUUGUCUGUCUUAUAAUUGAUAUUUUAGGAUGUUUGGGUGUUCGUUACAGGCAGAAUUGGAUAGAUACAGCCCUACAAAAUGUAUAUGCCCUCCCCUGAAUAAAAUUGGAUGAAAAUCUGCACAGCAAAUUGAAAUACACAGAUAAUAAGGACAAAAUUUAGUUCCUUUGUGCCAAACAAAAUAAGUGAAAUACCUAUCUGCAUGUUUGCAGCAUAUCUGCCUUUGGGAAUGUAAUCAAGGUAUAAUCUUUGGCUAGUGUUAUGUGCCUGUAUUUUUUUAAAGAAAUGGUACACCAGAAAAGGACUGGCAGUCUACUUCUACCAUAGUUAAACUUCACCCUGUUAAUUUCCACAUGUUCUUUGGAAGCAGGAAGAAAGCUAUAAAAAGAAUCAGACCUUUCCAUGAAACCAGUGUUUGGUGCCAUAUGUAAGCCUGGUUAAUUGGUGUUCUAAAAACUGUCAAAUAAGACAUCCUGUGAAAGGUACACAUUGUUUAACUGGCUAAAGAGUAAAACGCAUCAAGCCAACAGGGUCUUGAGCUAUCUUUGAAGCUUAUUAUGCUGGCCUGCACCAGACGACGUCUGCAUUACUCUAUCAUUGCUAAAAAUGUUGUGUAGCACAGAACUGCACUAGGAUUAAUUUAUUUACAAGAAGAAAUUAAAACUCUACGUUUGGUUUUCACAUACAGCAGCUCUAUGGAGUAACAUGCAUCUGAAUUUUAAGUUGCAAAGGUAUCUGAAUAGUUAAUUUUUCAUGUGCAUAUUUUGUUGAAUGUUUUGGUUCAAGAAAGAAUGUUUAAAGCUUUUUUAAAGACUUCAGUUCUUAAUGUAACUGUACCCUUCUGCAUGGAAAAUCAUAACCAACAUGGCUGCAGUAGACUUCUUAGUGGUAUCCAGCACCACUUGCAGAGGGCUGCUUUAUAUUAAUUGUACUUGGGUGUAGGACUCUAGUGUUCUUGGGUGUAUUGCAUGGGCUGCAUUAUCUACAGCAUUGUACAAUAACAACUAGAAGAGGCAGUAUACUUCACUGAUGCUUGUCUGGUAAUAUCACUUCUGUGUUAUAAUGGAAGGUUUUCCGUGAUGUAUGAAACUUGUGUUUUUUAUAUAUAAAUGAGUACAGUUAGAUUAGUGUCGUGGUAAUGCCUGUUUUCAUCUGUAAAUAGUUAAGUAUGUACACGAGGCACUACUUCUGAUUUAUUGCAGUGUUCAGUCUUAGUUUUUACUUUUAUUCUUAAAGCACUCAAUUUUGCUUUCAAGUUUAUGUACCUUAGUUCUAAAGUUAGAUCUGCAGAUGUGUACAGAUAGUCCAUAUUUAUGUAUUGCACAUAAUCAUGCUAUUCAGCAUUGAUGCUAUAUUGUAUUAUGUAAAUAAUAAAAGCCAUGUACAGAGGGAGA